GAAGAGGUGGGACUUGGCACGGUGAGGUCUGGUCGGGAAUGUUCCUUUAUUUACAUCGGCUCCGGGUCGUCGUCGUCGUCGUCGUCGUCGUUUUCGUUUUCGUGAAAGUCUGGGACCCGCUCGGUUCUUUAUCUCGCAUUAAGUCCUGAGAGACAGAACAGAGGAUCGCCGGUUUUAUAUCCAGUUUAAUGAUCCAGUGAGAAAUGCUAUUUGCCUGAAGAAUUUGUUUCUGCUGCAAAAUCUAUUUAAUAUGAUCAGCAGAAUGAAAAGUAGAUAUCUUUCCUGGCCUUUACAAUCAUAACAAGUUAACUUUUGCGAUACAGUCAUCACGUUUAAGUUAAAACUUGCAUCAUGUUGAGUUCUGCUACGUGGAACAAAGAGAAAUCCAACGUGACACUUCGAGAUGAACCUAAGUAUUAUUUGGUUGCUCAAGAGUGUAAUGCAAUUAAUAAACAUACUCAAAUGCCAUUGAGAAUAGUAAGAGGCAGCAUGUUAAUGCUUCAUGAUCGUGGUCCUCCACUAUCAAACAUUCAUAGUAACAAAAAUAAGAGAGGGAUUGUCACUGUGCAAUGCUUAGAACAACCAUAUAACACCAUGCUUGUUGAAGAAAAAGAUUUGCAAGAAAUUGAGGGGAGGGUGGCUGAAUUGCUUUUAGCUGUUUCAACCUGUGAGGAGAGGCAUGCUCUGUCCAAAAACAAGCCAAAACUGCAGAAAGCACUCCAAAUUGAUUACGAUUCAAAGGUUAAAGUUCAACUGCGGGCCGGAGGAGAAAAACUGCCUGGUAUUGUACGAUUCAAGGGCUCAUUGUUGCAGAGCAAGUUGCUGUGUGAAUUGUGUUUUGGAGUGGAAUUAUUGGAAGAAGGCAGGAAUCAAGGCUACACAGAUGGCUCGUACAAAGGAAAGCAACUCUUUUGCUGUGAUGAUGAUUGUGGAGUUUUUGUUCCUUUCGACAAACUGGAACUUGUUGAAGAGGAAGAUGACGCUGAUCUCGAAUCUGGCAGUGAUGAAAUGUUUUUGUAUAGUGGCAAGUCUGCCAUAGAAAUUAACUCGAGGGUGUCUACCGUUAUUGAUGAUGAAGUUGUGUAUGGAACAGUCGUAUUCUGUGGCCUGCUGUCAGGAAAAGAAGACUAUGGCUAUUUUCUAGGUGUUGAUAUGGAUAAUGUUUUAGGUGAUUGGGAUGGCACAUGGGAAGGAAAAAUGCUGUACAAUACUUCGCAUGGAAAGAUCUCCCUUCUAUGGAUAGAAGAUGUAAAGCUAGUUACGUUAUGAUUCAAGAUGGC